AUGGCCGCAGCAGCCGCCGCCGCCACCUUCUUCGUUCUGGCGCUCGCCCUCUCGGCGUCUCUGCAGUUCCCCGCGUCGGCAAGGAAGGGCGGCCGGUGCGAGCAGUCGGGGAACGGCAUGGCUUGCCCGGGGGCGCUCCACUGCUGCAAGCGCCGCUGCCGCGACGUCCUCUCCGACCGCCACAACUGCGGGCGGUGCGGCAACCGGUGCGGCUUCGGCCGGCUCUGCUGCGCCGGCGGCUGCGCCGCGGUGGCCUACGACGUCGACAACUGCGGCGGCUGCGGCCGCAUCUGCCCGCCGGGGCAGCGCUGUGAGUACGGCGCCUGUGGCUAUGCUUGA